AUGAGCUCAGACAGUCUCCUCAUGUCGACUUUCUGCGGCAAGUACGGAGUUUAGAUCCAGUGCUGUUCUGCACUGAUGCGGGAAUAAAGACGGCAACCAGUCGUCAACGUUAAACACAUAGACGCCGACUUAUAAGUUUAAUAAUCGUUUGAGUAAAUGGGAUUCAACGUCUUCCGAACAGAAUGUGAAGAAUUCCUUGAAGGAUGUGGGAAAUUGAAGGCUCGUGCGCUGCGCUGUUAUUGUUUUUGGCUUAUAUCUCCGUUUCCUCGGUUAACGCCGACAGUUUAUCUGCUCCGCUCAAUGUGACCAUCAAAGCACUGGAGGGGAACUCAGCGAUAGUGACAUGGGAGAUUCUAGAGGGAGACCCAGUCAUUGGGUUUGCCAUCACCCAGCAGAAGAAGGACGUUCGUAUGCUGCGAUUCAUCCAGGAAGUGAACACCACCACUCGUUCAUGUGCAUUAUGGGACUUGGAGGAAGACACAGAGUACAUUGUGCAUGUGCAGUCCAUUAGCAUGAGCGGCACCAGCCCCCCGAGUGAACCUGUUCUCUUCCGCACUCCCAAAGAGUCAGAGAAACUGGCCUCAAAAAGCCCAGAUGAAGUGACCAUGGAGGAGGUUGGCCAGGCCGCCCAGCUCAGGGCUGGAGAGAUCAUUAUCAUUGUGGUGGUUCUCGUCAUGUGGGCAGGUGUGAUAGCUCUGUUCUGCCGCCAGUAUGACAUCAUCAAAGACAACGAGCCCAACAAUAACAAGGACAAAGCCAAGAACUCUUCAGAGUGCAGUACCCCAGAGCACCCUACGGGGGGACUACUGCGCAGCAAGGUCUAAUUCAGCCUUCCCCUGGCGGCAAUAAUAGGCUUUAGCCUCAGGACAGUGCUCCGAGAAAAAACAAGUAAGCCAUCAAAUCACAAAGUUGUGAAGCCCACCUCUCAUCCUCAAUCAAACAACCUUUAAGUAUUCCCAUCGACCAACAUGAACUCUUUGGUGCUUGUCUGUUUGGGACAUUGAGACAAACUUGAGGAUGAAAUGGACAGGAUGGUUCCAGAACUGCAAUGCUGGAAGUUUGAACGGCUCAGCCGUUUGAAGCGAGUUGUUGAGUUUCGAUCUACAGCUGCCUCAACUGAAGGACUCAAACCCUGCUGUGAGCUGGAAGACCAGAGACGUCAUGCCACCAGGAGUGUCUUUGGCUCCUGUGUAGGCUCACAGAGACGAGGAGAAACCUGCCACCACGUAUAAACCUUAAAUAAACCAGGAAGCUGUGUUUGAAAAAUGCUCUUCCUUUUUCACGAUCUCACCGUCAUCAUCAGCUCUGAACCAGGAUAUUUCACUCCACUAUCUCUCCAUACUUGUCACUAUCUCUCCAUACUUGUCACUAUCUCUUGUAUUUGGUUCUUUUUUUUUUCACACCUAGAUUUGUUUUGUUUUCUUUUCUCCACUAUCCGCCUUCCAGCAGCCAAUCACGCACCGUCUAAUUUGAUGUGGUGUAAUUGGUGCGGUAGGAUCUUUCUUCUCAGCACUCUUGCUCUCAGGGAAUUCAGGAAAACAUCCAUGGGAAAACGAUGGACCAGAUCAGAUUCACCCACCUGCGGCUCACAAUGUUCAGACCGAACUGCACAUCAGAGAUUGAUGAAGAGCUCCAUAUUAUAAUAGUGAUAGAAAACCUAUUUAAUCGCUUGUUUGUCUCAAGUAAAUCAACAGCUUGUCGUCUCUAAUGAGCACAUUACUGUACAGCGAUGACUAUUUUGGUCUUCACAAUACAUUCAAUAGCAUAUUCGGCAUGAGUUCGGCUAUUUACCGCUUUUACGUGCCGCUAAGAUAUAGAGUUGGGUGCCUUUUUCCCCACAGGCUUUUCUGGAUUACCGUCCCUUUCAAAAGUUUUAGUCUUAAAGUCAACAUGAAAUUAAAAUUGACCCUAUUUACUUUCAUACUACAUCUUUCUUAUGUUUUAUCAUGAAUGAUUCCUCUAUUAUUCAAACAGGGAAGAAGAAACAAGUUAUAAAUGAAGACCAUUGAUUUUGCAACCAAUUCAGAUUGUCCCAUCCUUCAUUUUUUCCUCGGGUUCAAUAUCUUCUUUAACAUGUCGCCUUCAAUGUAAAUUUUUAUGUAGCGUCGCACAUUACAUGAGAGGGGAAAAGAUGUACAGUACUGGCCAUGAAUUAAAUUUAAUUAAAUUAUUAAUUAGUUUCCUUGCUUUUAGUUCAAUCAUGUUCACAGUUUAAUUAAAUAAAGACAAAGGGAACAAAUUAGUAUAAUAUGCCCACAAAUUAAUUUAUUUUGUGGAAAUGAGUUCUUAAUUCAUCACUACCAUAUCUUUUAUCUUCUUCCACGUAAUAUUCAGUACUCUAAAAAAAUAUAUAUAUAUAUAUUUUUUUUUGUUGUUGUUGAUCCGGAUUUUUUUAUUCCAAUUUCCAAAAAAUAAAAGUUCCAAUUAUAACUUUAUAACUCGCAAUUGCAAGUUUAUAUUCAACAAUUUUGACUAUUACUCGCAAUUGCAAGUUAAUAUCUCGCAAUUCAGCAAAAAAAGGAAAAAAAGAAAAAAAGUCAGAAUUGUUAGAUACAAAGCCAACCAAGUUUCAGUUUACCCCUUUCACUCACACAGAUCAAGUUGUUCACUCACCAACAUUACAGAGUUGAUUUUUUCCCCUCCAAAAUCAUUAUUGGUGCAUUGGUAAAAUUCUGCAGCAGUUUUCAUGUCAUUUUCAUCAACAGAGGUCACUUUAAAAAAAAGUAACAUGGCCCUGUCUCAUGUUGACUUUAAAUUCCUUCUAAUCUAGAAUUAUAAGAAGUGUUCUUUCUGACAGUUUAAGCAAACUAUAAGCAAGACCAGAUUUGUCUGAUGGUCUAUAUCGUCUUUAUUGGCUAGUCUAAACUGAACAAGUCCUCGUGUGUCAGGAAUGAAGAGUGGGAAUGGAGUUCAGAGGUCUAGAAAACAUUGAUUCCCUCAGCCAUCGGUCAUUUGGGAUUCUACAUGAUCCGAGUUCAAUACAAUGACACUGCAACAGUUCGACUUUAAUGAGGUUACUGACAGUACGCAUUUUCAAGGACGUGAAUUAGACUGUUAGUAUCUGAUCUGAAGAACAAAACCUCCCGUGUUAUUCUUAAAACCAACCUAUGUGGGUACACAAUGAGCAGUGGUAUUGAAACGGACCCAUCUCAUUUUUCAAACGCACAGAAGAAUGUAAAAGCAAAGUUAAGACUUCUAAUACUCUGAGGACAUGAGGCUCCUGGUUGGCUCGCCACUCAUAUUCAGAAGCUCUCAAUGUUGGGAUGGAUUGCACCAUUAAUCAAGUUGAAAGCCACCUGAAGGUAACUCGGAACAAUUAAAAAAUUCCGCAUUGGUGACCAUUACCUCCUCAUCUCUGUCACCAUGGUGACAGCCUAACAGACUGUCCUCUCACUCCACAGCCAUCUACGAGUCAUUCGCACCUUCGUUUUUCAUUCCGGCCAGAGGGGGAAAGCAUAUAUUUCUUCUUUAAUGACUGCUAAUUAACCUUGGCCAUGGGGAAGAGAGCUCAGGCAGACUGCUGGGUGAAAAAUGGCUCAUAUCAAUAUUCUUUCUGAGCGGCUUACGCAGAAGAACAGAAGGUUGGGUGUGAGGACUGGCUUAAACCAGCGAGGACCGGCAACGUGUUUUCUGUUCAGACACGUACUGAGGUUUUGUGUCCUGUAUUAACUGGCAGCACUUUCAUUCAGAUUAUAAUGAUAAUUUCACGCGAAAUAGACACAAGUGCCACAAUGAACAGAUGUGGGCUGUGUUUAGAGGGGAAUUCUAGUGUACUGCUUACUGCACUUACUGCUUGCUUUCCAAUUUAUGGAAAAUAUGUCUGUUUCAAAUAGUGAAGAAUGAGAUGUUAAAAAUCACAUUCGGUUCAUUCGUCACACUGGAAAUGGAAGAUCAAUUCUUUUUUUCCUUGCAGUGUUUACACUGUGUUGAACAUGUCUGGGUUGUAUUUUACCCACGAAAUCUAAAGAAAGAAAUAUUUAACCUAUUUUUAAAAGGGUUUCCUUUAAAUUAAGCACAUUUACCCCCAAAUGUGAAUAAAAUGAACGAAUUACAAAAAAAUAAAUUGAAUGCUACCGUUCAAUAUUAAGUGUUAGGAAGAUUUAAAACAAAAAACUAAAAAAAAAACAAAAAAACUUGGUUUUGGUUUCUACAAAAAUA